AUGGCGUCUCAAGAAUCUCACAACCUGGCGAUGGUCCUGCGAUCGCUGAAGUUUCCCGGAUGGAAUGUCAGAGGUCUUACAGGUCUCUCUGCUGGCAUGUACGGAACGCCUCUCAUGAGUGGUACAAUCCUCCUCGCAAUGAUUACAGCCGAGGAACAUGCAAUUCGCCCCAACCCCUUUGCUGAAACAAUCUUCAACCGCCUGGUGGGCCCACUGUGGAUCAUGCAUGUGGACAAUGUCAAUAUUGAAGUGUUCAGAAAGUACGUCCGGUUCACCAAGAACCCUACCAAUCCGGAGUGGGCGAUUCUUGAAACGAAACUUCAUGACGCGAAUAUCUACUUCCGCAAUUUUGUGUUUGGCGACAAAAAUCCGGCUCUGCGUGACUUUGCAUGGGGCCGCUUGAGAGAUUAUGACUUCUGCCACCAGGCCGAUCCUUCCGGCACCUUGAUCGCCGUUCGCGACAUGACUGCCGACCAGUUACUUCGCCAAUUCGCUGAAAAAUAUUCCUUCGAGGAAUUUCUCAUUGUCUUGGGUCCACUGAAGAAGUCCAUCAAUUCAUAG